GAGAGAAGCCACAGCAGUGAGGCGGAGCAGCAGCAGGAACAGUGGCAGAGGAGGAUUUAACUGCCUCGUGUUAAUUUGUAUCUGAGGUUGUGAUGUUAGAGGGGAGGGCCUGAUCAGAAAGCAUUUGUCCGUAGAGAGAGUGAGAGAGAGAGAGUGUGAGAGAGAGAGAGAGAGACGCAAAAAAGGAGUCAGGUUUCAAGUUUGCGAGGGCCCCAAGAGUACGGACGCACUGAAGCUGCCUUUGUUUGACUGGGAACCAGAGAGAGAGAGAGCAAAGAGGAGGAGAGAUUUUAGUUUGGAGUAAGUGGUGAGAGAGAGUCAGAGCAGGCUCCAUCUCUCUCUCUCUCUCUCUCACUCUACCUUACUGUCAAACAGGGCCAGUUUAGUGUGGAUCUAAUCUCACUCACCACUACCUGAAAAUGUCCUCACGGUGCAGCAGCAGCAGCAGCAGCAGAAUUCCUGCCUGGUUCUGUGGAUUACUCCUGCUCAUCGUCCGGUUCUGCUGCCAUCACUCCUCUGCCUAUCAGCUGCUGGACGAACGUGACUCUCAGGGAAACUUGGACCUCACGGAGCUGAUCGGCGUCCCCCUCCCUCCGUCCGUCUCCUUCGUCGCGGGUUUCGCGGGUUACCCCGCCUACAGCUUCGGACCGGACGCCAACGUGGGCCGCCUCACCAAGUCCUUCAUCCCCGACCCGUUCUACGACGAGUUCGCCAUCGUGGUCAUAGCCAAACCUACGACGCGACACGGUGGGGUGCUGUUCGCCAUCACAGACGCUUAUCAGAAAAUCGUACACUUGGGUGUCGCUCUGUCAGAAGUGGAGGAUGGAUCCCAGAGGGUUGUGCUGUACUACACUGACCCAGGAACGACAAGUGGGACACGAGAAGCUGCUUCUUUUAAGAUGGGAGACCAGACGGGAAGAUGGGCGAGGUUUACACUGACCGUACAGGGGUCAGAGGUUCGUCUCUACAUGGACUGUGAGGAAUAUCACCGCGUGGCCUUCACCAGGAGCCCACGACCUCUGACCUUUGAGGCCAGUUCGGGCAUCUUCGUGGGAAACGCCGGGGGCACGGGCCUGACGCGGUUUGUGGGCUCCAUCCAGCAGCUGGUGCUGAAGUCAGAUCCCACGGCCCCAGAUGACCAGUGUGAGGAGGACGAUCCUUACGCCUCUGGAUAUGGGAGCGGCGACGACACGUUUGAGGACAUGGAAGAAGGAGAGGAAGUGAAGAAAGUCGUGGAGGAGAUGCCCCUCCCAGAGCUGGACUCCAUCUACAGCGUGCCGGUCCAAAUUCCGCCCACCGAGAUGUCAGUCAGCAGCAGCAGCAGCCACGUCAACGAUGAUGAGGACGACGGAGAUAUUCAGGAGUUGUCGGGUGAAGGAGAGGAGACGACGACGACGAUGACAGCACACACCACCACCUCUGCGUCAUCUCACCCUCUGACACCGACUCAGUCAUCAGUUUUGGACAAUGUGAGGCAGUACGGGGAGCCAGGAGAUCCCGGUCCAGCUGGACCACCGGGGCCCCCCGGCCCUCCAGGACCGGCCUCCGCAGACGGGGAGCCAGGACCACGGGGGCCACAAGGGCCACAGGGACCUGCAGGUCCAGCUGGAGCACCAGGCAGAGACGGACAGCCCGGAAACCAUGGUGAACCUGGUUUACAGGGAAAACCUGGAGUUCCAGGAUUCCCAGGGCUCCAGGGCGAGCCAGGACUUAAGGGAGAAAAGGGUGAUCCAGGUUUUGGAUUACCUGGUCCUCCAGGACCUCCUGGACUUCCAGGUGGACUUGGCAAGUCUGCGAUUUUCAUGGAGGGCUCAGGAUUUGAUGACUUUGACACUGACGCAGAGUUAAUGAGGGGGCCUCCGGGGCCUCCUGGACAACCAGGAAAACCAGGGCCCCCUGGAACCUCGUCUUCUGGAGACCUCAUUCCCGGACCACCUGGGGCUCCCGGCAAAGACGGGGAACAUGGACCGAUGGGAGAACCUGGACUCCCCGGAGUCGAUGGCAGAGAUGGAGAUCCAGGUCCCACUGGGGCCAAGGGAGACAAGGGAGCUGACGGUGUCAGCGGUCAACCAGGACCAAAGGGAGAUCAGGGUCGUCCAGGUUUCCCGGGUCUUCCAGGCGCUGAUGGUGCAGAGGGACAGCCGGGGCCCCGGGGUCCACCGGGCCCCCCCGGACCUCCAGGACGAGGCUUCACAAUGGAUUUUGAGGACUUGGAAGGAUCUGCAAUGUCCGGUGGUUUUGAAGGUCCACUCUCCACAGGACCACAGGGUCCUCCAGGAGUUCCAGGACUGAAGGGUAAAGACGGUGUCGAUGGUUCUCCGGGGAAGCCGGGUGAAAAGGGGGAGGCAGGUAUGAUUGGGCGGCCAGGCUUUCCAGGACUGGACGGACUACAAGGAGCAGAGGGACCAAAAGGGGACAAAGGUGAACCAGGAAAACAGGGCGAGAAGGGACGGGACGCAGUUGGUCUUCCCGGACCGCCUGGUCCACCGGGACCUGUCAUCAACCUCCAGAAGCUCCUUCUCAACGAUACAGAUGGUGCCUACAACUUCUCAGGGAUUUUUGAAGCUCAGGGAUUUGCUGGAGUACAAGGUCCGAAGGGUGACACUGGGAUACCAGGUGUUCAUGGACGUCCAGGUCUGAAAGGUGAAAAGGGUGAGCCAGGAUUGAUGUUGUCAGCAGACAUGCCCAUGCUGUCAGGCCUGACUGGUCCCAAAGGAGUCAAGGGAGAUAACGGUGUAUCAGGACCCCCUGGCAUUCCAGGACCUGUGGGACCUCCAGGACCGAAAGGAGAGUUUGGUUUUCCUGGAAGACCUGGUCGUGCAGGCGAAAUGGGACCAAAAGGAGAAAGAGGAGACUCCGCAGGUCUGCAGGGACCUCCCGGUCCUCCAGGACUGCCAGGCCGUCCAGGAAUGUUCAACUGCCCCAAAGGAACAGUUUUCCCCAUUCCUCCCAGACCCCACUGCAAAAUGCCUCUUAAUCCCAAUGGAACCAUUGCAGCUGGUAACUGUCAGACGGGACCGAAAGGAGAAAAAGGAGACCGGGGCCUUCCCGGCUUACCUGCUCCACCACAUCCAUACUUAACCAGAGGAUCAAUGGGCACCAAAGGGGAAAAGGGAAGCAAGGGGGAGGCCGGUUUGCAAGGGCCACCAGGGAUCCCGGGGAGACCAGGACCAGUGGGUCCCAAAGGAGACUCGAGGCUCGGUCCUCCAGGCAGACCUGGGCAGCCAGGCCCACCGGGCACCCCAGGUUAUGGGAGACCAGGCGUCAUGGGUCAUCCUGGGCCACCAGGGCCUCCCGGACCACCCUCACCUUACGGUUCAGCUCUGACCAUCGCGGGCCCUCCAGGACCUCCUGGUCCACCUGGACCUCCUGGAUCUUCAGGCGACUCAGCAUCUUUGAAAACAUUUCCCACCCGUGACGGUAUGAUGCAGCACACGGUCCGGGACGCAGAGGGAACACUGGCGUACGUCAUGGAAACGGGAAGUCUCUUCCUCAAGGUUUCCCAGGGAUGGAAGGAGAUCCAGCUCGGCAGUCUGAUCUACCUCUCCAGUAACAUCAUACCACAAGACGAGCCUCGAGUUGCAUAUCAAAUCAGAGGAGACACGAUGGAAAGAGUGACUUCGGUUAAAGAGAGGCUCAACCUGGUGGCUUUGAACCAGCCCCACUCGGGCGACAUGAUGGGGCUCGACAUGGCUGAUCGCAUGUGCUACGAGCAGGCCAAGGCGAUGGGUUUGGCGCCCAACUACCGUGCCUUCGUUUCCUCCCACAGGCAGGACCUGGUCCACGUGGUCUCCCAUGGUUUCCGCGACGUGCUGCCAGUGACCAACCUCAGGGGAGAUGUGAUGUUCAGGAACUGGCGGUCGAUCUUCAACGGAGACGGUGGACCGAUUAAUGCCAGGAUACCUAUCUACUCCUUCGAUGGCCGAGAUGUUUUAGCCGACCCCUUCUGGCCUCAGAAGAGCAUCUGGCACGGCUCCACCGGCAGGGGUCUGCGGGUGGUGGACAAACACUGUGAGACGUGGCGGACGGAUCACGUGUCCGUCAUGGGCCAGUCGUCCAGCCUGACCUCGGGUCUGCUCGUGGGCCAGCAGACGCGGAGCUGCUCCAACGAGUUCAUCGUCCUCUGCGUCGAGACCCACAAAUCCCCCUAAGUUCUUUCCUACCUUUCACCACUCGUCGGCCACCUUAGACCUUACCUUGUCAAACACUCUGGGAAUAGCUGUGUCUUUUCCUCGUCAUUUCCAGCAUGUCGUUGGUGCUUUGUGCAGCGUUGUUGUGGUUUUGAAAACACAGAUUUUAAAGGUCCAGUGUGUGAGAAGUAGUGGUGAAAAUCCAGAUUGCAACAAGCGGAGGACCUUUCCCUUCAUUUGGUUUGUAGAAUAUUACAUUUCUACUCAAUAAACCCACGUAAAUAUUACACACUGGACCUUUCGACUCCUUUCCAUUAUGCACAGAAGGUGUCAUUGUGUCAUUCAGAUUUUUUUACUGUAUUCUUUCUAAAUGAGGAUCUCUAAGCCAACAUUUUCGAGAUGGUAGCUUUCUGUCCUGAGCCUCUCCUAUGAGAUGAGCGUGAACAGACGGACAGAUAGAUAUGAUCCGAGGGAAACGCCCCCACUUCCUCAUUCUCCUCCUCUGAAAUGCACCGCUCAUGUCGACAGGCGUUUGUUGUCCGAUCUCUUUCCGCUACUUUUGCCCCUUUUUCAUUGCGGGCUGAGAGUUUAUCGCAUUCACGUCAGAAACAGUUGAUAUUUUUGCCUUAAAUAUAAUGACUAUUAGACAUUUUCCCACAAACAAUAUAUAGAGAACAGCCAAUAGAAGACUAAAGAGAGCCUUGAGGUGUGGAAGUGUUGGAAAAAUCUCACCCACCCCAGCUUUUAGGCAGGAACAGCAGCAAAGAUCUAAUCUGGGAGAAUAAUCUCACAUUUUCUAAUCAAACAAAUGCUAUAUAUAGAUAUAGAUAU